GCCGCCGUUAGCCUGUUAGCUCGGAGCCGCAGCUGUCAGUGGCGCUCAGUCCGCCCGCCUCCGCCGCCUCUCAGCCCCCUCUCUCCACCCGGGAACUACCCUCCGGACCCGCGCACUCCCCUCUCCUGACCCCCGGGGGACACCUGUCGUAGCCGCCGCAGCAGCAGCCUUUCUUUUCGGAGGAGGAAGAAGCAGCAUCAGCCUGGGACAUGGCCAGACCGGAGCAAGUCCUGGUGCUAGACCCGCCAGAGGAGCUCCGAUUCCGAGGUCCCUUCACAGACGUGGUCACUGCCACCCUGAGGCUCACCAACCCGUCCCACAGAAAUGUGUGUUUCAAAGUGAAAACCACGGCGCCGCGUCGGUACUGUGUGAGGCCCAACAGCGGAGUCAUCGACACGGGUACCUCCGUCAACGUGUCCGUGAUGCUGCAGCCGUUUGAAUAUGACCCCAACGACAGGAGUAGACACAAGUUCAUGGUCAUGUCCAUGCUGGCUCCAGAAAACAUGACGGACAUGGAGCAAGUGUGGAGGGAGGCCAGACCUGAGGAGCUGAUGGACUCCAGGCUCAGGUGCACAUUUGAGAUGCCGCCAGAUAACAGUUCCGAGGGAGACACCAAACCCCUGUCCUCUUCCUCUGCCUCCCCCUCUGUAAAGAGCGAAGCGUCAGCGCUGCCCAAGUCCUCCUCCUCCCUGGACGACGGAGAGGCCAAGAAGAUCCUAGAGGAGUGCAAGAGGCUCCAGAGCGAAGUGCAGCGGCUACGGGACGAGAACAAACAGAUCUGGGAGCGUGACGGCGUGAGGAGGAGAAACAUUGGCCAGUCCUCCGUCUCCAGCUCUUCAUCAGCGGGUGGCGCCCUUCACGAGGACUCCAUGAUGGGCUGGAUCCUCUGCGUGGUCUUCUUCAUUGUGGGCAUCAUCGUGGGCAGAGUGUUCCUGUAGCGCCCCCCACCGGCACUGCCCGAGGAAGAUGAGGAAGAGGAGGAGGAGUAGGAGGAAGGAGGAGGAGGGACUGUGAGGAGCUGCUGUGUCCUGUUUCAUUCUGUUCUGUUUUUUUUUUUUUUCCCAGUUAAAGGCAAUAACAAACAGAUGGAAGGCUCAUCUAUCAAACUUGUGCUUAUUUGUGAAUUAAAUCUUGAUUUUCCUCGUCUUAAUUUCUACCAAAAAGUGUGAAGUAUGCAGAUGUACGCAGGUGGAAUGUCCAGAUACUUUUAUUUAACAUCAGUCUGCCGUUUUUUUGGUUUGUUUUUUUAAAAAGCUGCACUGUGUAACCGUUUCGGUGAGGUGACGCCACUUCAGGGUUCGAUGGAUUGAAAAAGAUUAACACAUUUACAGUUUCCUCCAUUUUUAACUACUAGAACAUCUUUUUAAUGGAAGAUGUAAAAAGAUGUAAGCAUGGAUCUGUAAAAGACACUUUAAAAGUAAGUAUGCAUAAAUAGACAUAGCCGCCGUGUUGACUUUGUAAUGAAAAAACAUGGCCCCUUUCUCCGUAACUGCUCAGUCGGACUCGUCAUUUUGGUCGUAAAAUGAUUAACUCACUCUUCAUCAUCCCCGGGUAUUUAUUUUGCGACUUUUUCUGUAAAUUCCUUUUCCUCACAUUGAACUCUGCUCCAAAUUCACUCCUGUAACCGCAGCCUCAUUGAGCUUCAUUUGACUGGAGCCGAACGCUGUGGGCUGACGUCACGACGUUUUUCUUCUUUCUCUUUACCCAAGACAGUUCCAGUUUUGAGCCUUGUGUCCCAGAUUCAUCCAAAACCACUGAUUUAUCCCGAUUUUAUAGAAGAAAUGUCCAAAGUAUCCCCAUUUUUGACCAAUUUGAACAAUAAAUAACAGUAAAGAGAGGCAAAAACUGUCAUUUGUUUAGGUAAAAUACACAAAAUCUGCUUAAAACGACCAAAACACAAAGAAAAUGUGACUGUACUGGCUCACAUAUUCGUCUUGAAUGGUCUCUGUAUAAUAAUUUUCCUUAAUUUCGCACUCGUUUCACAAUUUUAUUGUCAACCAUCAAAAAAUGGAGAUAUCCUAGUUUUUUAUUUUUGAGAUUCUGGUUAGCAGUGACCGGCAGGUAAUGAAAUACACACACACUACCAGAUUAUUACUACGUUAUAUUGAAAAUGUACGGUUAAACACACACGUUUGAAAGAUUUUUUGUUGUACGAGGAGCAAAAACAGAGCUACAAAUCUCAGCUGUGUUGUUGCCUGUUGGACUCUGAAGUGACGUCACCGCUUGACUCUAUUGCUUUGCCUGGAAUGUUCCUCAGUAUGGCAUUAUUGGAUUGGAUUUAUUCACUUACAGGUGUUUAAUUACAAAAAAUUCUUACUUUGGGUGGUCUUGUAUCUUGUUUUUUUGUAUGUAUAUAUGUAUUGUACUCUACGGAGAUGAGAAAAGUUACAUAGUGCAGCUUUAAAGCACAAACUUGCUGGAAGGAGCCUCUUGAUUCCGCUUUAUGAUGGUGACUGGUGCGAAUGUAUUAAGGUUUUAGAAUGAAAGAACCCAUGAAAAUUACGAUUAUCAAUGUCUACAACUCCUUUAUUAUCACAAUCCAAAAUAAUAUCCGCAUUUAAAAGUCUGGUUUGUUAACAGUGCUCUGCAGAAGUGCCCGAAAUGUUCCACAGUAUGACAUUAAACAGCUUUACCUUACAUUUAUUCAAUUACAGAUAGUUUUAUAGCUCAAAAAUACCUAGGAAAAACAGGCAUUCUGACUGCGAGCGGGGUGUCUCUCCACAGAUCUGACCUGUAACAUGGUCCGGUUUGGUUUCUACGAUGCUAGAACGGUUUAAUGCCAUACUGUGAAACAUUCGAGACGAAGCAGUAACAUCUAAACGUGAUAAACACUCCACCGGAAAAGUUAAACCUUAGAUGCACCUUUUGCCGCGGUACCCUCAGUAAAUGGCAAACUUUUGGUUUGUUGUGUCAAUUGUUUCAAUGUUUUUUGCAGGUGGCAGCAGGUUCAAGCUUCUUCAUGACUGUACUACACUGUGCAUUGGUUAAAUUAAAUACUCACUUGCACUAUAUGGAAAAUGCUGUCUGGUUCAGCUGACCUCAAGUCUUCAGUUUGAGCGUUAAACUAGAAUGAAACCAGAUUCACACAUUUGACUUGUUUCUCGGUCAAUAUUUUUUCUUGACUGUCAUUUGUGAUAAACCAAUUAUCUUAUCCUUUAAUUAAAAACAUUUAAACCUUA